UCUUCUAUGUAUGCACCAUCCCCAAAUUCAGAUGAUUUCAACCGUGAAUCUCCUAGUUAUCCGUCUCCUAAGCCACCAACCAGUAUGUUUGCUAGCACUUUCUUUAUGCAAGAUGGGACCCACAAUUCUUCUGACCUUUGGAGUUCAUCAAAUGAAAUGAGCCAGCCUGGUUUUGGUGGAAUUCUGGGGACCUCCACUUCUCACAGGUCUCAGUCCAGUAGUUAUGGCAGCCUUCAUUCACAUGACCGCUUGAGUUAUCCUCCACACUCAGUUUCACCAACAGACAUAAACACAAGUCUUCCACCAAUGUCCAGCUUCUAUCGUGGCAGCACCAGCAGUUCACCUUAUGUUGCUGCCUCACACACCUCUCCCAUCAAUGGAUCAGACAACAUUCUAGGAACUAGAGGGAAUGCUGCUGGAAGCUCACAGACAGGUGAUGCACUCGGAAAGGCUUUGGCAUCUAUUUAUUCUCCUGAUCAUACCAGCAGUAGUUUUCCAUCAAACCCAUCAACACCGGUUGGAUCACCUUCACCUCUUACAGGUACCAGUCAGAGGCCCAGACCUGGAGGGCAAGCUCCUUCAUCCCCAAGCUACAAAAACUCACUCCACUUCCUGCAGUCUCGAAUGGAGGAUCGUUUAGACAGACUGGAUGAUGCUAUUCAUGUGCUACGGAACCAUGCUGUGGGACCUUCCACCAGUUUGCCUGCUGGUCACAGUGAUUACAGUUUAUUGGGACCAUCCCAUAAUGCACCAAUUGGAAGCCUCAAUUCAAACUAUGGAGGAUCAAGCCUUGUUACCAACAAUUGAUCCACUUCAAUGGUUGGAACUCACUGGGAAGAUUCUGUCAGUCUCAAUGGCAAUCAUUCAGUCCUGUCUACCGUUGCUGCUUCAAGCACAGACCUGAACCAUAAAACACAAGUAAAUUAUAGAGGUGGGUUGCAAAGUCAGUCUGGAACUGUUGUUCCAACAGAAAUCAAGACUGAAAACAAAGAAAAGGAUGAAAACCUUCAUGAACCUCCUUCAUCAGAUGACAUGAAAUCAGAUGAUGAAUCCUCCCAAAAAGAUAUCAAGGUCUCAUCUAGAGGCAGAACAAGAAGUACUAACGAAGAUGAGGAUUUGAACCCAGAACAGAAAAUAGAAAGGGAGAAGGAAAGGAGGAUGGCUAACAAUGCCAGGGAACGUUUGCGUGUGUGGGAUAUUAAUGAGGCAUUCAAAGAGCUUGGCCGAAUGUGUCAGCUUCAUUUGAAGAGUGAAAAACCCCAAACAAAACUCCUUAUUCUUCAUCAGGCCGUGGCAGUCAUCCUUAGUCUAGAACAGCAAGUCAGAGAGAGGAACUUGAACCCUAAAGCAGCCUGCCUUAAGAGAAGGGAAGAAGAAAAAGUUUCUGCCGUUUCGGCAGAGCCGCCAACCAUGCUGCCAGGAACCCAUCCUGGGCUUAGUGAAUCUACCAACCCUAUGGGUCAUAUGUAAACAUCAGUCAGUUCCAGAGUUAUCAGUAGGCUAGAUAGAAGGUGACCUCUCCUCAUAAGGACUUGGACAACUCAGAUUAUCUGAAGACACAGACCUGACAGGAGGGAGAAGAUAAAACAAAACACUUGAAGCAAGAAACUCAAAUGUAAUCCUAUGUUCAAAGCAACUGGUGAACACUUCCAUCAGAAGUGAAAAUAGGAAGCUCAUCGGAUAGAAUGUCAGCCCAAGAGAUGUUUGCAGCAUAUCAUUUUGUUGCAAGCAGCAUGUCGCUUCU